AACAAACUCCUGCCCGCGAAAGAAAACCGGUCUAAACUGGUGCCGCACUUCGUCAAACCAGCUAGCUUAGGGAUAAACCCCAGGGGUCAGCAUUUUUGGAGGUACUUAGCCCAGUUACCCAUCAUGCCUCUCUGGCAACUUGCGAGAGUGCAGCACAGACUUGCACAGCAGGUGGGCAGAUGCACAGCACGUUUCUGCAGCCAGUCAGCGUCCGCUGGUGUCCCGUACGAGACAACGCUGAAGUCUGACGACGCCACGGGCCCGUCCUCGGUACCGUCGGAGGCAGACGUGGUGGUGAUAGGUGGGGGCAGUGUGGGCUGUAACACGCUGUACCACCUGACCAAGCUGGGGGUCAGCAAUGCUGUCCUCCUGGAGAAGGCACAGCUCACAGCUGGGACAACAUGGCAUACAGCAGGUCUGGUGUGGAGGUUGCGUCCCAAUGAUGUGGAAGUGGAGCUGCUGGACCACACCCGAGACCUGAUCCAGGGUGUGCUGGGGGAGGAGACAGGACUAGACACCGGCUGGAUCAACAAUGGAGGCAUCUUCAUCGCCUCCAACAAGGAGAGACUGGACGAGUACCAGAGACUCAUGACGCUUGGGCGCAACUAUGGCAUUGAGUCCUACGUGCUGUCGCCAGAGGAGACAAAGAAGAUCUACCCCCUGAUGAAUGUGUCAGACAUGUACGGAGCGCUGUACAGUCCGGGGGACGGGACCAUCGACCCAGCAGGCUACUGCACAACUCUCACCAGGGCUGCCAAAAAGGGAGGGGCACAGGUGGUAGAAAACUGCUCAGUGACAGGUAUCCAGGUAAAAGAGGAUGACUACGGAACCAAAAGAGUCGUUGGAGUGGAGACUUCACAUGGAACCAUUAAGACCAAAGCUGUAGUCAACUGUGCAGGUGUGUGGUCACCAUACAUUGGGCGCAUGGCAGGAGUGGCUGUUCCACUGAUCGCCAUGCACCAUGCGUACGUGGUGACUGAGAGGAUAGAAGGCAUCCAGAACAUGCCCAACAUCAGAGACCACGACGCCUCCGUGUACCUGAAACUACAGGGGGAUGCCCUGUCUUGUGGUGGCUACGAACCCAACCCUGUCUUUUGGGACAAGGUGGAUAAAGACUUUGCGUUUGGUCUGUUUGAGCUGGACUGGGAUGUGUUCAGUGUCCAUGUGGAGGGGUGUGUGAACAGGGUUCCAGUCAUCGAGAGGACAGGGAUCAAGUCUACAGUGUGUGGGCCAGAGUCCUUUACAGCAGACCACAAGCCGUUGAUGGGAGAGUCUCCUGAGGUGCGAGGGUUUUACCUCGGCUGUGGGUUCAACAGUUCUGGGAUGAUGUUAGGAGGAGGGUGUGGUCGGGAGCUGGCCAGAUGGGUCGUCAACGGACGCCCAACACUGGACAUGUACGGCUAUGACAUCAGGCGUUUUCCCACCUGUCAAACUAGUGACGACCGUUGGAUAAGGGAACGCAGCCACGAGUCGUACGCCAAGAACUACUCCAUAGUCUUCCCACACGACGAACCACUUGCUGCUAGGAACUCCAGGAUGGACCCUUUCCAUGAGGUGUUGCUGGAAGCAGGGUGUGUGUUUCAGGAGAGACAUGGCUGGGAGAGACCUGGAUACUUCACACCACAGGGACCCACUCCUAUCCCAAACUAUGACUAUUAUGGUGCUUAUGAAGAGAUCCCAGGCAAUGAAGUAAACCUGUACAAUGACAGACUGAGAGAUGACUAUACUUUUGACUUUCCCGAGCACCAUGAUGUGAUUGGUAAGGAAUGUGUGGCCUGUAGAGAGAGGGCAGCAGUGUUCAACAUGUCCUACUUUGGCAAGUACUACCUGACUGGCCCAGAUGCACAGAAGGCUGCUGACUGGAUCUUCUCCAACAACGUGGACAAACCACCUGGCUCCACAGUGUACACAUGUAUGUUAGACAAGUCAGGAGGGAUAGAGAGUGACCUGACUGUGAGUAUGAUCGCUCCUGGGGAGGGCUCAGCCAUGGAUCCUUCCUUUGAUGGUAAGGGUUUCUACAUAGCUGUAGGCGGAGGUGCAGCCCAGCAUAACUGGUCCCACAUCACAGACAUCCUCCAGGACAACAGCUUCAACUGUCAGCUGGCAGACAUGUCUGAACAACUCGGCAUGAUCAGUAUACAGGGGCCCAGAAGUCGUGACAUCCUCCAGGCUCUGACAGACACAGACAUGGGCAACGAAGCCUUUCCCUUCUCCACCAACCAAGUCAUCAGUGUGGCAGGACACAGAGUGCGCGCACUCAGGCUCUCUUUUGUAGGGGAGCUGGGCUGGGAACUGCACAUCCCCAAGGAGUCAUGUGUCCCAGUUUACAAAGCUGUGAUGAAGGAAGGGGCCAAGCAUGGGGCAGUCAACUCUGGGUACAGGGCUAUUGACUCUCUCAGCAUCGAGAAAGGCUAUCGCCAUUGGCAUGCCGACAUCCGUCCAGACGACACCCCAUUUGAAGCUGGUCUGGCCUUCACAUGUAAGCUGAAGUCCAGCACUCCCUUCCUGGGGAGAGAUGCUCUAGAGAAACUCAAACCACAGGGACUGCAGAAAAAACUGGUCUGCUUCACUAUCGAUGACCAUGUUCCCUUGCUGGGUCUGGAGGCCAUCUGGAGGAACGGUGCCGUUGUGGGAUACCUGCGGCGUGCGGACUACGCCUUCACGCUGGGGAAAAGCAUCGGCUACGGCUACGUCAGGGAUCCAGAGGGAGGGAAGGUCACCGCGGAGUUCCUGAAGGCUGGAGAGUACUCCAUCGAAAGGAUGGGUGUGGUGUACCCAGCAACCAUACAUCUGAAAACACCCUUUGACCCACAGAAUAAUAGGGUUAAAGGUAUCUAUGACAAUGGCAAUGUGAAAGCAGCGACUGUGUAGAUAGGCAAACAAAAUGACGUGAAUCAAUCAUCAGAAGAUUAGGUUGAACCAUCCUGUCAACACACAGGUUCAUAGUUAGUUAUGCAAAGACUGUCACUAGGAGUGACAACUGUCAUUUGGAGCACAAUUUAGUCAGGUUAAAGGCUACUACAGGAGCCACAAAUUUGACACACCUGGCUAAGUGACAUUUCAAACUACGAAUGUUCAACUUUUGAUGCAUUGCUAUGUGGAAAACUGUAACAAUAACUAUGAAGACUUUUAGAAGAUGAGUAUUUUUGGUUGUUUCAUAUCAUAAAUGAUAUUUUCUUUUUUCUGUCAAAUCAGAAAAUAAGCAACAAAUCCAAGAUGCAAGAAAUUAAAUUAGUUUUGCCUAAAAAUAAGAGUGCUUGGAAUAACAACAAUAUUGAUACACUGUGAUACAGAUAAAAUAAUAUAUUCAAUUUUAUGAUGAUAUUAUUGUCUUCCAGAUGGUAUCAACAUUAUGAUAGUAUUUCAUAUAUUGAGUGUUUCUGUCAAUUGAAAAACUCCAGACUCCAAAAUAUUUCAGAUGGUUUUUAAGAAAAAACGUUGUUAAUACAGUGUAGCUUAUAGAAAUAGUACAACUUAUGAAAAGUGCCAUUUACAUGUCAACUACAAUACUGCCAACAGUCUUACUUGAAGCUAGCACUGUAACAGUGUGAACUUACAGGUAUACAGCAGCUUUUCUCCAAUGGAGAUAGUGUAUAACUUAGCACCAUGAUUUCAUCCUGUUAAUUCAGUUUCCUAAUGUAAGGUUACAAGAUGUGUAAAAUGUUAUAGCAGUGGAGAUGCUUUCCUAUGCAAUGACAACUUUAUGUGAAUGAGUUUAAAUUCUAAACAUGGACACUUACUGUCAAGCUGAUAAUGGCAUACUCUAAUGCAAACUUAUUCUUACAAUUUUUGCCAAAUGUGAUAUUUCUAUGUUGGGAAUUAGAUGCUUAUGGAUAGUUUAGAUACAUUAUGAAAUAAAAGUUGAAUUAGAACAUGAACAUGGAGAAUCAGAAGAGGCAUACCUGAGUCACCACAGUUUUAUUUUCGUUUUCUAUAUUGUUUAGAU